AUUCACAAAAUAGAUUGCUUCAGAAUUAUCAUUCCGAUGCUUGCUGAAUCUUUUUUGAAAUAGUCUGCAGAAACUUUUCAACCCUGCCGCCCAUUACCAUGUCGUGAGUCGUGACGUUGUUAAUUUUCGUGUAAACAGGAAUUAGUUGAAGAACUUGGUGUGUACAUGGUCGGGUUCGAUCGAGCUGGAUACGGUGAGAGCGAUCCGAAUCCGAACCGUUCUGUAAGGAGCGCAGCAUCGGAUCUGACGGAGCUUGCUGAUGCAUUGGAUUUGGGCCCGAAGUUUUACUUGGUCGGGUUCUCGUUAGGAAACCAUGCUGUUUGGGGUGCGCUAAAGUACUUUCCCGAAAGGAUUGCUGGGGCGGCGCUUCUUGCACCUGUGAUAAACUACAGGUGGCCCGGGUUCCCCAGAGACCUCGCGGAUGAAGCUUAUAGCAAACAAGAGCUCGGAGAUCAAUGGGCGUUGCGUGUCUCGUACUACGCCCCUUCGAUACUCCACUGGUGGAUGGAGCAAAGCUGGUUGCCUACUUCAACCGCCGUCAAAGGCACGACUUACCUGCCCAACAAACUGGACCAAGAGCUUCGCACUCGAUCCAUUGCCGACGGAUCAUUCGACAAGAGGAGGCAAUUGGCCACACAGCAAGGCAUUUACGAGUCGUUCUACCGGGACAUGAAGGUGAUGUUCGGGAAGUGGGACUUCGACCCGAUGGAUCUCUCCCCCCCGCCGUUCCCUGUCCACGUAUGGCAAGGCGACGAGGACGGGCUCGUGCCGGUCGUGUUGCAACGACACAUUGCGAGCCGCCACAGCUGGAUUAAUUACCACGAACUCCCUGGGACCGGGCAUUUCCUGACAUCUGUUCCCGGUUUAGGAGAUAAAGUCCUCCAAGCAUUGUUUUCGCACCCUCCUUCGGAAUGAAGGAUGAUCAGUUCCUGCAAACAUCACAGGAAUUGGUGUUCAUUAUUUAUAUAGUGCAAAUUAGGUGUAGGAUUUAUGCAGGGAUAUAUCCUAAAUGAACUUGAGGGUUGUAGUUGUACUUGGAUUGUUAAAUUAUACAAUGGAUUACCAUGUGUAAAUUUUUAUUUCCUUUGAACUAAGACACACUAUUCCAAUUCAAUUACCAAUUCUUUUUUUUUUUC